AUGUUACGGUGGAUGGUCAUAUUUUGUGCCUUAUUGAGGCAGUUGGCGGUGGCAGGUCAGGUCAUACCGAAGCUAACUGUGGUGACUGUGGCAACGGAGGAAACAGAUGGUCUGAAAAGAUUAGCUCGUACAGUUGAAGCUAAAGACAUGAAGUUAGAAGUAUUUGGAUUAGGUGAAGAAUGGCGUGGGGGUGAUGUUACCAAGGAAAUGGGAGGGGGACAGAAAGUACGUAUUUUACGGAAAUCAUUAGACAAAUACAAAGAUCAAGAUGAUAUCGUCAUACUUUUUGUUGAUGGAUAUGACACUAUAUUGCUCGGCAAUGAAGAAGAAAUUUUGGGGAAAUUUUUGACCUUUUUUGAAGAAUUUCGUGUAGUAUUUUCUGCAGAAACAUUUUGCUGGCCUCAGAAAAGUUUAGCUCCCUCGUAUCCAAUAGUAAACUUCGGUUACCGAUACCUGAAUUCUGGCGUGUUCAUGGGUUAUGCUCCUGAAAUUUGGAAGCUGCUAAAUUAUGAAAAUGUAGAGGAUGAUGAUGACGAUCAAUUAUAUUACACACGCUUAUAUCUAGAUAAGCAAAUACGUAAUUCGUUGCAAAUGACUCUGGAUUCAACCGGUGUACUUUUUCAAAAUCUGCAUGGAGUAUCAGAAGAUGUCACUCUAGAAUUAGAUAAUGAUAGUGGAGUUUAUUCCAUUCAUAACAUAAUUUACAACACACAUCCUAUUGUAAUACAUGGUAAUGGUCUUAGCAAAUUACAUCUAAAUCGACUCGCUAAUUACAUUGACCCACUAAACAUGAAAACGUUAGAAAUAACAUCCACUAAAAUGUCAUCAUGGUCAGUUCAGGAUAUCGAGGAGAAUAAUUUACCAAAGUUAUAUAUAUCUAUUAUUAUUGCUAAACCUAUUCCAUUCAUUCGUGAAUUUUUCAAAAAUAUUGAAAACUUGGUUUACUUGGAUAAUAAAAUUGAUUUAUACAUUUAUUGCAAUCAAAACUUUAUGGAAAAAGAAGUUGCUCAUUUUAUUGAAAGAGCAAAAAUACGUUAUAAUUCAGUUCGUUAUGAUGGUUUAUCAGUGAUUGGAGAACGUGAAGCUAGAGUAUUUUCAUUAGAACAAAGCAUUAUAAAAAACAGUGAAUAUUUGGUAAUGAUUGAUGGCGAUGUGCAUUUGAACAAUUCAGAGUCUCUGUUGUUAUUAGUUGAUACUAUGAAGCAAAAGAAUAUAGGAGUUCUAGCACCUUUGGUUCGACAGCCCAAUUCUUUUUUCACAAAUUUUUGGGGUGCAAUUAGUGGAAACGGUUACUAUGCUAGAUCUGAAGAUUAUUUAGAUAUCGUUGAUGGCAAAAUUAAAGGAAUUUGGAAUGUACCCUAUAUUAGUUCCGUAGUGAUAAUUUCGAAGGAGAAGCUCACUCCACUACAAAAUGCGUACUAUUAUGACAGUAAUUUGGAUCCUGAUAUGAGCUUCUGCUUAUUUGCUCGUCGUAAUGGGCAUUUCUUGUAUGUGACUAAUGUACAUCAACAUGGUUUUCUGGUUGUAAGUGACAACAUGCAAUUGUCUAAAUUGCAUCCAGAAAUGUAUGAAAUAUUUAACAAUCGCGAGUUGUGGGAAAAACGUUAUAUACACCCAGAUUAUUUUGCUGCUCUUAAUGAUUCUCAUGAAAUUCCGGAAAGAUGUCAGGAUGUUUACGACUUUCCAUUCAUGUCUGAAACGUUUUGUGCAGAGCUUAUAGAAGAAUGUGAGAAUUUCGGAAAGUGGUCAAGUGGUAAGCACGAGGAUGAAAGAUUAAUUAGUGGUUAUGAAAAUGUACCAACUCGGGAUAUUCAUAUGAAACAAAUUGACCUUGAGAGGCAUUGGCUUUAUAUUUUGGAUGAAUAUGUUCGACCCAUACAAGAAAAAUUAUUCAUUGGUUAUUAUCAUAAGCCGGUGGAGUCCUUUAUGAUGUUUGUGGUACGCUAUAAGCCAGAGGAGCAAGCUUAUUUAAAACCUCAUCAUGAUUCUUCAACUUACACUAUUGAUGUUGCUUUGAAUAAGCAAGGCGUGGAUUUUGAGGGUGGUGGUGUACGUUUUAUCCGCUAUAACUGUACUCUAGAAUCUGAAGUUGGUCAUUCGAUGAUAUUUCCUGGCCGUCUUACUCAUUUUCAUGAAGGGUUAACAACAACGCAAGGGACGCGUUACAUUGCUGUAUCGUUUAUCAAUCCUUAG